AUGGGGACACAGCGCCACCUGCGCCAGGUCCGUGUCCCCAUCGAGGGCGGCGCCGUCGCGCUCCCAGCCCAGCUCGGGGGGCCCCGCCCCCAGCUCAGGCCCCGCCCCCAGCGCCGGCCCCGCCCCCCGCACGCGGCAGCGCAGCUGAGCGAGCGCUACGGGCCGGUGUUCACGGUGUGGCUGGGCCCGCGGCCGGUGCUGGUGCUGCGCGGCACCGGCGCCGUGCGCGAGGCGCUGGUCGGGAACCCCGAGGCCUUCGCGGGGCGCGGGCGGAUGCCGACCCUGGAGAGCACCUUCAGGGGCUACGGCGUCGUUUUCUCGGACGGGGAGCGCUGGCGGCAGCUGCGCCGCUUCUCGCUGACAGUGCUCCGGGAUUUCGGGAUGGGGCGCCGCAGCAUCGAGAGCCGGAUCCAGGAGGAGGCUCAGGAGCUGCUCCGGGAGUUCCAGAAAACCCAAGGGCGCCCCUUCGACCCCACGUUCCUGCUGAGCUGCGCCGUGUCCAACGUCAUCUGCUCCAUCGUCUUCGGGCAGCGCUUCCCCUACCAGGAGCCCGAGUUCCUGCGGCUGCUGCAGAUGAUGAACGACAGCUUCCGCGAGAUGAGCACCAGCUGGGCACAGCUGUACGACAUGGCCGAGCCGCUGCUGCGGUGGCUGCCGGGGCCGCACCGGCGCAUCCCGCGGCUCCUGGGCAGGAUGCGCGGCUUCAUCGCGCGGCGCGUGCGGGAGAGCGCGCGCAGCCUGGACCCCCGCAGCCCCCGGCACUUCAUCGACGCCUUCCUCAUCCAGAUGGACAAGGAGAAGGACAACCCCAAUUCCGAGUUCACCAUGGAGAACCUGGAGCUCACCACGCUGAACCUUUUCUUCGCGGGCACCGAGACCGUCAGCUCCACGCUGCGCUUCGGCUUCCUCUACCUCAUGAAGCACCCCCAGGUGGAAGAGAAGGUUUUCGAGGAGAUCUCCCGGGUCAUCGGCUCCGGCCGCGCUCCGGCCGUGGCUGACCGGGCGCUGAUGCCGUUCACGGACGCCACGAUCCACGAGAUCCAGCGCUGCAGCGACCUCAUCCCCAUGAACGUCCCGCACCGAGUCACCCGGGACACCGAGUUCCGGGGCUUCCACAUCCCCAAGGGCACGGACGUGUACCCCCUGCUGAGCUCGGUGCUGCACGACCCCGAAUCCUUCCGCAACCC